AUGGAGUGGGCGUCGGCGGCGUACACGGCCGCGGCGCUGGUGUGCGCUACGGCGGCGUGCGUGGUCGCGCUCGCGCACAUCUACCGCCACCUCCUCCACUACGCCGAGCCAAUCUACCAGCGGUUCAUCGUCCGCAUUAUAUUCAUGGUCCCGGUAUAUGCUGUGAUGUCAUUUCUUUCCCUUAUCCUCCCUGACAACGCGAUAUAUUUUAAUUCUAUUCGAGAGAUCUAUGAUGCUUGGGUCAUCUACAAUUUUCUCUCACUCUGCUUGGCAUGGGUGGGAGGUCCUGGUGCUGUGGUGGUAAGUUUGAGUGGCCGAAGCCUGAAACCAUCAUGGAUUCUGAUGACUUGCUGUUAUCCAGCUAUUCCUCUAGAUGGGCGUUUUAUACGAAGAUGUAAACAAGGUUGCUUGCAGUUUGUGAUUCUCAAGCCUAUUUUGGUUGUUAUCACCUUCAUACUUUACGCGAAAGGAAAAUACAAAGAUGGAAACUUCAGUGUCAACCAAUCCUAUCUCUACAUAACUAUCAUAUAUACAAUCUCAUACUCGAUGGCUUUAUAUGCCCUUGCAUUGUUCUAUGCGGCGUGCAGAGAUCUACUUCGGCCAUAUAAUCCUGUCCCAAAAUUCAUCAUGAUCAAAUCGGUGGUGUUUCUCACAUAUUGGCAGGGUGUCCUGGUUUUCCUUGCUGCAAAAUCUCGAUUUAUCAAGAAUGCUGAUAAGGCUGCUGAUCUCCAGAACUUUGUAUUGUGUGUUGAGAUGCUAAUAGCAGCCAUUGGGCACUUAUUUGCUUUCCCCUACAAGGAAUAUGCAGGUCCCAAUGCCCGCCCUUCAGGUGGUUUCAGAGAAAGCCUUCUUCAUGCUUUGAAAUUCAAUGAUUUCUACCAUGACACCGUUCACCAGUUUGCUCCUACAUACAAUGAAUAUGUGCUCUACAAUCACAAUGAGGGAGACAAUGCACAAACAAAGUAUCCCUCAGGGAGCACCGCCCCAAGUGGGCAGGGUGUAGAGUUGGCUGGCAUCACUGUGGUGGCUUCAAACAGUCCAGUGACAUCAAGUGUAUCAUCCAACCAGGCAGAGCAGGAAGAGACAAUGACAACCCCAAUCAAGGACAAAGUCGAUCCUCCUGGAGGGCUUUACGAUCUCACAGAAUUGCUUGAUGUGGAUUUGUCUAGCUACCCAGCCAAGGUUCCUGCAAUCACCUAUGUAAGAAAACAAUGA